GUAUUUCCUUAUUGCAAAUGUUAGUGAAGUGGUCUGACAACAUUCUGAAGUUUUCUCUACAGAUUUGGUUUGCAUUGCUUUGUUAAUAUCAGGUUCUUCGCUGCAUCAUCGAGGUUUAACAUUUUGAACAAGGCACAAUUACGCGAUUAUAUUGUGGUCACUUGAGGUGACAACAAGACUUGUGAAAAAGUUGAGUGGAAAAGUUCAGUGGACAUCAUAAUAGGUGGUUUUCUCCUUACACAAUAUUUUGAACUUACACAAUUCUCAUUAAAGGAAUGGCACAUUCAAGAAAAAAAACGAAAGAAGAUGAUGACCUGCGAGGAGCAACUGGGGGUGAAGAUGUCAUAGAUGACCAAAUAAUUGAGCAAGGAGCAGUAGUAUUAAGAGGAUAUGUGAUAGAAAGAAUUCAGACAGAAAAUCCUGACGUACACAUAAGCCAUGAGAUCCUGGGGGGGACUCCUUGUGAGGGAGAUGAUCCCCAAGUGAAAGAAGUGGUGGGUCAGCUGCUCAAAAUAGCUGAUGACCUUAAUCGCAAUGCUGAACUUCAACACCUCAUUAAUACUGUGCAGGCUAACUGUGCCCAGGAUGUGUUUGUCACAGUAGCCAGAAGCAUCUUCUCAGAUGGGAUCAACUGGGGGAGAGUGGUUGCACUAUUUCACCUUGCCUAUAAGCUCAUUUUCAAGGCUUUGACUCAAAACCACUUUGAAAUCAUUCGCCACAUCAUUAGCUGGGUACUCCAGUUUAUCAGGGAAAACAUCUCAGCUUGGAUCCGCCAGCAGGGAGGAUGGGAGGGUGUUAUCCAUGGUGUUUCUAGAUGGCGUACAGUUUCCUUGUUGUUCGCUGUGGCUUUCAUCACAGCUGUGGCGUAUUGGAGGAGAACUCGUUGAAUUCAAGGAGUACUUCAGCUUGGCAGUCAAAGUCUGAAGAGGAGAAGAUGGCAGGUUAAGCACUAGAAACGUCAAACUUGCCCUGAUGCAGAAAACCCUGUCCUUCAUUUGAUGCUGAAGAGUAUUUAUUUUAUUUUGAAUUUGUUCAGUGUGAUGAUUCAGAAGGAUAUGUGAUACCAGCAGAUGUUGAUUAAUAUGGCUUGAUUUGAACUGUUUCCAUAGACUGCCCAUUUACAUUUUUAUACUGUAUAUAUGAAUAUUCUGUUUCUAUUUUGUGAACCAGUGGUAAAUGGUAAUUGAAUAACAGGGACACAUUAAGUUAUUUAAUAGAUCAUAGAUGCAAACAUACUAGUGCCUUAUCCAUGCAUUUAUAUAAGGAGUAAAAUAAAAAAAAACAUAUAAGAUUCUAUACAGGUGGUGCAAAAUAGGAGAAAUGCUUUAGCCAACAAUGUUUCCACCUUGAAAACCUGAAGAGGAGAGUAAAGAUAUAAAUAAAGAUGGCCUUGUCAUGAGGAAACUCUUGACUUUUGCUCUUAUGACACAAGUAUACAAUGACUCAAAAGUUAUACAGUGACAUAUGUACUGAAAUAUGAAAUGUGUGGUAUGUACCAUGUUUUCAGCUGGGGCUAAUUUACCUUCUGUUAAUUAUGUGUUAAAUAAAUAGUGAUUUGGACAUUAAAAACAGUGAAAUAAAGGAAUUGUUUAAACCA